AUGCUCCUAGGUUCUUGCUUAUACCCUCAAGACCGUCCGGCUAAGCUAGAGCCUGUCUUAAAUGGAACUGGCAUGUGUCGCCACCACGACGAAUAUUCGGAUGAGGAUGAGAGUGAUGACGAUGAAGAAGAAGAGCGUACGGAUAAUAGCGAAACAGGUGGUACUGCUGCUGGCGGUGAGCGGUCGGGUGAAUCUACUCGAACUACAAAACGAAGUCGCCGCGGGGGUGGGGGGGGUCGCGUGCUUAAUGUUCCGGGGGGCACUACUAUCGCACCCCCGCCAUCUUUGCUUGAAGACAACGCCACCUCCACUGGAGGUACUGCUGGCUCUGCUUCUACUGGGAGUACAGCUUCAGAGGAUUUUGAUGCCGAGGCUACUGGAGGGAAAUUUGGCAUGUAA